GUGACUCAGCUGUUGUAUGUAUGAGAUUUGUCCACACACUGGCUCUUCAGACAGGUCUUCCAUAUCUCAAGUCGAGAAGUUCCAUAUCAUACUAAACAUGGAGAAAGAAGAAAAGAAAUAUGUCAAUAAAGCAGAGGAAGAUGAGAUGGAGAUCUAUGGCUAUGAUCUGUGUCGCUGGAAGUUGGUGCUAGUUACUGUGGGAGUGAUCUGCUCUGGUGGCUUUCUUCUCCUCCUCCUCUACUGGAUGCCCCAGUGGCGUGUGAAAGCCACGUGCAGAAGGACGACGCUUAGGGACUGUGAGGUGGUUCUGCUGAGAACGACUGAUGAAUUCAAGAUAUGGUUUUGUGCAAAGGUUCGCAUUAUGCCUUCCUUGGGAGCCAGUCCUUUACAGAAUCCUAACCCUAUUGUGCACAAGGUUUCAAAUGGCCAUGCUGUUCAUUUCUCUGAAUCUGCUGCAGAAGAGAAUAAAAAUGAUUCGAGAAAACAUUUGCCUAUUCGUUACUUCACGCAUCACAGUGUGAAGUAUUUUUGGAAUGAUUCAGUUCAAAGUUUUGAUGUUGUACGAGGUCUAGAUGAAUCUACCUUCUGCUCUGCAAUUCAUAAUGAACACAGCACAGGACUGACAAAAGGAGUGCAUGAUUACAGAAAAGCAUUCUAUGGAGUAAAUGAAAUUGCUGUGAAAGUGCCUUCCAUUUUUAAGCUUCUGGUUAAGGAGGUUCUCAACCCUUUUUACAUUUUCCAGUUGUUCAGUGUGAUAUUGUGGAUCACUGAUGAGUAUCACUACUAUGCAUUAGCAAUUGUGAUUAUGUCUGUAAUAUCCAUUGUUAGCUCACUCUACACCAUUAGAAAGCAAUAUGUUAUGUUACAUGACAUGGUAGCAGCUCACAGCAUUGUAAGGGUUUCUGUCUGCAGAGGAAACCAAGAAAUAGAAGAAAUCCUUUCCACUGACCUCGUGCCUGGAGAUACCAUGUUGAUUCCAUCCAAUGGGACAAUUAUGCCCUGUGAUGCAGUUCUGCUCAGUGGUACUUGCAUUGUAAAUGAAAGUAUGCUAACAGGUGAAAGUGUUCCUGUCACAAAGAUUAAUCUGCCAAAUCCUUCGGAGUAUCCAAAAGCAGUGGGAGAUGAGAUCUACAGUCCCGAAGUGCACAAGCGGCACACGCUGUUCUGUGGAACCAACGUCAUUCAGACCCGCUUCUACACUGGAGAGUUGGUCAAAGCUCUGGUAGUGAGGACAGGCUUUAGUACUGCUAAAGGACAGCUUGUUCGUUCCAUUCUGUACCCAAAGCCAACUGAUUUUAAGCUCUACAGAGAUGCCUAUUUGUUUCUCCUGUCUCUAGUGGUGGUAGCAGGCUUUGGGUUUCUUUACACAAUUGUCAAUAGCAUCUUAAAUGAGGUUCCAGCUCGUACCAUCAUCAUCGAGUCUCUUGACAUUAUCACUAUCACGGUGCCUCCAGCACUCCCUGCUGCUAUGACUGCUGGCAUCGUUUAUGCACAAAGAAGGUUGAAAAAAAUUGGCAUCUUUUGCAUCAGCCCACAAAGGAUAAAUAUUUGUGGCCAGCUGAAUCUUGUGUGUUUUGAUAAGACUGGCACACUUACUGAGGAUGGCUUGGAUCUUUGGGGAAUUCAGCGGGUGGAAAAUGCUCGUUUCCUUUUGCCGGAAGAGAGAGCUUGCAGUGAGAGCUUGCUGAAGUCAGAGUUUGUUGCUUGCAUGGCAACUUGUCAUUCCCUUACAAAAAUUGAAGGGGUGCUUUCUGGGGAUCCACUUGAUUUGAAAAUGUUUGAAGCAAUAGGAUGGAUUUUAGAAGAAGCAACCGAAGAGGAAACAGCCCUUCAUAAUCGAAUCAUGCCAACAGUGGUUCGACCUUCAAAACAACUUUCCCCAGAAUCCAAGCAAGCAACAGAUCAAGAAAUGGAAUUGUUUGAGCUGUCGACUGGGUAUGAAAUUGGAAUCGUGCGCCAGUUUCCAUUUUCCUCAGUGUUGCAGCGCAUGUGUGUCAUAGCCAGGGUUCUAGGGGAAAAGAGAAUGGAUGCUUACAUGAAAGGUGCUCCAGAAGUGAUUGCCAGCUUGUGUAAGCAGGAAACAGUUCCUGUUGACUUUGAGCGUGUCCUGGAAGAAUACACUAAGCAGGGCUUCCGAGUUAUUGCUCUUGCUCACAGAAAACUGGAGUCUAAGCUUACGUGGCACAAAGUCCAGACUAUUAGCAGAGAUGCUAUUGAAAGCAACAUGGAUUUUAUGGGGUUAAUUAUAAUGCAAAACAAGUUAAAGCAAGAAACCCCUGCUGUACUUGAAGAUUUGCAUAAAGCCAACAUUCGCACUGUCAUGGUUACAGGGGAUAACAUGUUAACUGCUAUCUCUGUGGCCAGAGACUGUGGAAUGAUUCUACCUCAGGAUAAGGUCAUUAUUGCUGAAGCACUACCUCCAAAGGAUGGGCAGGUUGCCAGGAUCAACUGGCAUUAUGCAGAUACCCUCGCAAAAUGCACUAGUUCAUCACCAGCCAUAAACUCAGAGGAUAUUCCAGUUAAAUUGGUCCAUGAAAGCCUUGAGGAUCUCCAGAUGACAAAAUACCAUUUUGCAAUGAAUGGGAAGUCAUUUGCAGUGAUUUUGGAGCAUUUUCAGGACCUGGUACCCAAGCUCGUGCUACACGGCACUGUGUUUGCUCGCAUGGCACCUGAUCAGAAAACUCAGCUGGUGGAAGCUUUACAAAAUGUAGAUUACUAUGUGGGCAUGUGUGGAGAUGGAGCAAAUGACUGUGGGGCACUGAAGAGGGCACAUGGUGGUAUAUCUCUGUCUGAACUUGAGGCUUCUGUGGCAUCACCAUUCACUUCCAGGACACCCAGUAUUUCCUGUGUGCCAAAGCUGAUCAGGGAAGGCCGUGCUGCUUUAGUAACUUCCUUCUGUGUGUUCAAAUUCAUGGCAUUGUACAGCAUCAUCCAGUACAUCACUGUUACUUUGCUGUAUUCUAUCCUGAGCAAUUUGGGAGAUUUCCAGUUUCUCUUCAUUGAUUUGGCAAUCAUUUUGGUGGUUGUCUUCACUAUGAGUCUGAACCCUGCUUGGACAGAGCUUGUUGCACGAAGGCCUCCAUCAGGUCUUAUCUCAGGUCCACUUCUGUGUUCCGUGUUGUCUCAGAUCAUCAUCUGCCUUGCUUUCCAAACCUUGGGCUUCUUUUGGGUCAAACAACAGUCCUGGUAUGAGCCUUGGACACCAGACUCUGAUGCAUGUAAUGUGUUGGACACCCAGAACACCAGCUCUGCACACCAUGGGAAUGAGACUAUUCAUGAUGAACAUUACAUUAAAAAUUAUGAAAACACAACUUUGUUUUUUAUAUCCAGUUUUCAGUACCUCAUAGUGGCAAUUGUCUUUUCUAAAGGAAAGCCCUUUAGACAACCAUGCUACAAAAAUUUUCUGUUUGUUUUAUCUGUUAUAGUUCUUUAUGUCUUCAUAUUUUUCAUCAUGUUGCAUCCUGUUGAACCUAUCGACGCAUUUCUUGAGCUUGUGUGUGUGCCACCGGAGUGGCGCCUGAGAAUUGUCAUCAUUGUUAUUCUAAAUGCACUUGUAUCCGUGCUGACAGAGAAUGUCCUCCUUGAUAUGAUCCUUUGGAAGGUUGUGUUCAAUCGAGACAAACAAGGAGAAUCUCGCCUCACCAUACCCCAGCCGCCUCAGGAGGCUGGGGACCGCUGUGGAGUCUGUUUCCUUUCUUCCCUGUUUGGUUGUAGAGAGAAGACACCAAAAGCCAAGUAUAUGCACCUAGCUCAGGAACUGCUGGUUGAUCCAGAAUGGCCACCAAAACCCAGGACAACAACAGAAGCGAAAGUACCAUCCCAAGAAAAUGGUUCAUAUCAAAUCAUCACUGUAACGUAGCAGUGGAUCUUGGUGGCAUGCAUCUUUAGUAGUAUUCAGAAGAAUGUAAUUUUAAGGCUUUAUUUGAAACUGCAGUGUGCUAAAUGUCAAAUUCUAAUGCAGAUAUUUCCAACUGUUUUGUCUCUCUGAAUACAAAAUUCAGAGCCAGGCGUCUUAUGGCUAUACAUUUUAAAAAUGUAAGUUAUCUUAGGCAGAACAAAAAUGAUUGUGUUUCCUUCCACCUUCUUUCAGAUUUCAUUGUUCCUAAAUGAGGUGCAUUUGAAGGUUUAAACUGCAGGGCAGUUAAAACAGGUUCACAUUAUUUGCCUGGAGUAUCUUAAUAGUUGUUCUAACCUGCUUAUCUGGGCAUGUGUUCAUGUAAACCCUAUGAUGUGAUGGUUUCCUGGCUGUACUAGAGGUGCAUAAUAACCUUGUCAUGGUUUGGGGUUUUUUGUGUCUGUGUUUUUGGUUGGUUGGGGUUAUUUUGUUUGUUUAGUUGGUUUUAUUUGACUGAUGAAAAGUUUUGUGCCUCAGAACGGUUCUAAAGUUUGUGUGGGUGUGCCUCUAAGUUUGUCCCUAUUAGUAAGGAGCGUUUCCAGGUGUAAUGUUUGGGUUCUAAGUUCAGUUCUUUAGUCUGCACAGCAGGAAUUGGGAAUGCUGUAGAAGCAAUAUGCUCUGUCCUUAAGAAAUAAGCACAUUGCUUUCAUGUGGAUUCUUGACUUCUCUUCUAGCUAACCAUAGGGAAGGCUUUGGUGGCCUCCAGGGGAGGAGCCAUUUGGCUACACUCUAAAGUUUUUGGAGAAAGAAGGAUGGGGAAUCUAAACCCUUUCUUCUAUGUCAUGUUUUUUCACAUUUAGCUAUGCAUUUCUCCACUGACCUUGCUUUUUUCCAGCAGAAGGGUUGGAUUAUCCCUUUGUGGACCAUGUUUUAUUUGUGAAUCUAAAGAUAAUUUUCUUAUAUACCUUGAAGUAGUAAGGCCAGAGUUACUGCUGCAAGGGAUAUGGGAGUGGAGGGAGGUAUUGCCACGUGCCCAUGUGUGGGGUUUGUGCACGUUAGGAGCACAGGCAUUUCAGAGUCUGCCAGUGUCUUAAGCUCUACAUGUAGCUGUACAAAACAAAAUCAAGAGAAAAUUGAGCUAAAGUCUGUCUUGCUGCAGAACUAUAAGGCUUAUGCAGAUUUUAUUUAU